GGAGGAGACAGCAGUAUGCCUCAAAAAUCAGGCAGCCAAAAAAGAAAGGAAAAUAAAAUAAGAGAGGAGAAGGAGUUGAAGGGUCGACAAUAUGUCACCCAAUAUUUCCAAAAAAAGAGUCAAGUGCACCAGCAGCAGCAGCAGCUGUCUGUCAGCCCCCAACUCCCCCUGCCCCUGAAUCAGCCCCAGUGCCCCCACAUGAGGAAGGAGGAGCAGCUCCAGACCCUCCAUAGUGGCUUCAAGCACGUCAACGAUGGAGGCUACCAGCAACAGACUGAUGACAUAAUGGUGGACCUGGACAACAACAUCACCACCAUGAGCGUGCCACUUUUUGAGAACAAGGUGUUGAUCAUCCAGCGAGCCUGGCGCGACUUCCUCCAGAAGCAGGAAGCGGAGAAGAGAAGCCCUUCUCCAUCUUCCUUUUCUUCUUCAGACAAGAUGAGCAUGUCCAUCAGCAUGGCCACCCUCUCCGACGGCAGCACCCCGGAUUACCGGGAGGAUGGCAUGGACUUGGGGAGCGAUGCAUCCAGCCGCUCCAGCUCAGAGUCCAACUCCAACAAGGUUACCCCCUGCUCUCCUUCUCCUGACCUAACCACGCUAGAUGGCUACAAAUCAUCCCCUUCUCUGGACCUUGUCACCUUAGAGGACUAUGAGGAGGACGAGGACUACCAAGAGUACAAGAAGAAGGUGAUAGAGGAGUGGGAGAGUGAGUACGGAGACGACUGCGCCUCCCCACAGGCUCCUGGUCAGGAGGAAAGCGGAGGAGGCAUCACAGGGCCCGUCGAGGUCGGCGAGGUCUACAGGAAGAACAGCCGCAGCCUUGCCGAAGAAUUACAGGAUGUGAAGACCAUCCCUCCCAUCCCGGCCCCCAGCAGGCGCACUAGCAGCUCCAUCGCUGGCAUCCCAGAGGAACUUAAACAAAACGGAAACUUAAUUUUGCCCCGCAGCAAACUGCUCCACUCCCCUGGUACACCACAGGGGGGGCUCACAGGGGCUGCCAACCGUAGACACCUCAGUCAAGGCAGGGGGAACCGAAGCACGGGCGGCGCAGGACACAGUGCUGGGAUUGUAGGAUGUAUGGGGGGUUACCGAGAGGAGGACAGCGUUGAGGAAGAGACUCUGCCUACCAUGGACUGGGCCGCGCUGGAGAGGCACCUGGCAGGGCUGCAGUGUCGAGAACAGGAGAACCAAAAUCUCAAUCACAACCAGAACCACAACGUGGGCAAGACCAGCUACACCUCAGCCCAGAAGAAUGAGAGAGAGUCUAUCAGGCAGAAGUUGGCCCUGGGCAGUUUCUUUGACGAUGGACCGGGCAUCUACACCAGCUGCAGCAAGAGCGGCAAACCCAGUCUGUCGUCACGGCUGCAGAGCGGCAUGAACCUGCAGAUCUGCUUCGUCAACGACAGCGGCAGCGACAAGGACAGCGAUGCGGACGACAGCAAGACGGAGACCAGCCUGGACACGCCUCUGUCCCCCAUGUCCAAGCAGAGUUCGUCCUACUCGGACAGGGACACCACGGAGGAGGACUCCGAGUCCCUGGAGGACAUGGACUUUGUGAGUCGACAGAAGAAGCUGCAGGCGGAGGCCAAGCUGGCGCUGGCCAUGGCUAAGCCCAUGGCCAAGAUGCAGGUGGAGGUGGAGAAACAGAAUCGCAAAAAGUCGCCGGUGGUCGAUCUGCUUCCACACAUGCCUCACAUCAGUGAAUGUCUGAUGAAAAGAAGCCUGAAGCCCAACGACCUGAGAGACAUGACCUUGGGACAGCUCCAGGUUAUAGUCAACGAUCUGCACUCCCAGAUUGAAAGUCUGAACGAGGAGUUAGUACAGCUGCUGGUGGUCCGAGAUGAGCUCCACAUGGAGCAAGACGCCAUGCUGGUCGAUAUUGAGGACCUCACCAGGCAUGCUGAGAGCCAGCAGAAACAUUUGGCCGAGAGGACCCUGUCCAAAUAAGACGGUUCCCAGUUCCCGCUCGCUCCGUCCCACCUUCCUCUCCCCACCACCUGAACCAAAUAAAGCCCCUCACCAAACCAUUCCAUAUUGAUCCAAAUCUACUCGCUUGUCUCCCAGCUCCUCGCCCCCGCCCACAACCUCCAGCCCAGCAGGGGUCCAUCUCUCCCCCGCUUGCGUCCCAAGGAUGGCGGAGUGCUUUCCGAUGUGCUCCCUGGGAGGAGGAGAGGAACCAGAUAGUGUUUUCUGUCCCAGCUUUCUGUGCAGUGAUCGGCCUUGCUUUGCUCUCCUUUUUUACUUUACGACUUUCUACAUUCGCCACUAAAUUAUUACUGUCAAAUGCAAAAAAAAAAAAAAAAUGUGGGGGAGAAAAAAAAAAGUCGUCAUAGUGAAAACUUUAGUCGAAAGUCAGUCUUAAGAAGAAAACAAACAAAAAAAAGAAGAAACAACACUGUAUUUAAAAAACGAUGGCUAAUUCUCUUCAAAGCAUUUUAAGUUGGACUGUAAAGUAUUCCAAGCUGUUUUUAUUCUGCACAAAUGGUAGUUUUCAACUGAGAAAUGUUUAUUUGAAGGUGCUAAAAGAGUGUAAAGGAAACAUGCCUGCCUUGUAGUGGAGUCGUAGCUUUUGUUCAAAUACAUUCACUCCAAUUGCUCUUCAGCAUUUGUCAAUGUUGAUUUUUUUUUUUUCCUGAUAUUCGAAGAAGAAGAACAAGAAGAAGAAGAAGAAUCGCUGUGUUUAUUUUGUUUUCAUCCGACUGUAUUCAGAAAAUCUUUAUUUGAGGGGAGUAAAAAUGUUUAUGUACAGAUAUGUAAAAUAAAGAAUAAACUUUGUUUCAUAUACCGCCGUGCGCCGUGUUGACUUUGCACGCUUUGGAAGGAGCU